GCUGGACAUGGGUUACGAUGGCUUCCAGCCGCAGACGAUGUCGUGCCACGGCGGGAGCAACGACCAAGGGAGCCUACCCGAGGAAUUCCUGAUGCAACCGGAGCGCGGCCUCGAGUGCGUCGGCGGCGGCGGAAGCUACUACGCGGGCGCCGUCGACGAGACGCAGGCGCUGGGCGCACAAAUUCCACCCAAGAGAAUUGAGGCAGGAGCAGGACAAGAGAUGGCAGCAAUCACUGAAGUCAAGUCAUCUGUUUCUAUGGAUGUCGAGAAAAGUGAGGAAGUAUCAGGAAAAAAUAAUAUGCCAGCCAGCCUGUUUCUACGGAUGAGGAGGAAAUGGAUCUCAACAUCGAAUCAACCAAUGUUGAUGAUUUUGAUAAUAGGCCUCUAAAAUAGGACAAAAGUUCUAAAACAUGUGUUUUAGAUGAUCCAUUGUCAUCUUUUACCAUCUCCACCGCAUCUAUC